AUGAGCCGUUUGCGCCCCCAUCUUGCUCACAAGGGCCUCCUCCCUGCGCCCGAAUCGAAUGUCCAACAGCUGCCCUCGGCCCCGAAGAGGCGGAGAGUCAGGAGAGGCACAUCGAGCUGCUGGGAGUGCAGGCAUCGCAAGGUCCGCUGCACCUUCGUCGAGAACUCCACGGUGUGCAUCUCCUGCACGCGCCGUGGGUCGGAGUGCGUGAGCCAAGAGUUCCAGAUCAAUCCCGCCGGCACGAGAGGGCAAUCCGACGUGGCAUACCACAAGGUUGCUCAGAGUCUCCUGCAUGUUGAGGGGCUCAUCAACGGGCUUCUUGACCAGGUUUCCCGUAGUUCUUCUUCUUCUUCAACAGGGAAAGCAGCUACUCUCCCUCUACGCCAGUUCAGGUUCCACCAGAGAUCCCCAUCUGGUACAACCUGCGCUGUCCAGCCAGGCCCAGCACUGCCAAGGGAGAUAAGGCCUCAACUCGCCCGAGAGGAACUGUUCUUCCAAUCCGAAGACUUCGACCGAAUUCCGUCUGUCACCCUCCCUACAGAUCCUACCGCCUCAGAACCCUCACCUCCGAGCCCGAUAGAGCCGGGCGGCGGGAUACACGUUGCAGAUCCGGGUUCAGCGCUGAGCUUGCCACCGACACUGCCGGAUUACCACUCGAUAAGCCACCAUGUUCAUUCGCUAAUGCCUUCCCUCGGUUCCGCCCUGGCUAUCCUUCGUAGGGCGAAAUAUGUUUACCUCCCCAUGCAGAUGAUACAGAGGCCGUACCGAGAGUUUGUAGAGUCGUCCGUCGUGUACCAGCCCGCGGACCCUUUUACUAUUCCAGAGCCAACCGCGCAUCCGAUUUUAAUAGCUCGGAGGUUCAUACAGAUCGCGCUCGGCCUACAGCAAUUACAUGAGGAUAGCUCAUCCGAUACAAGAAGCUCGCGCUUGCUCAGGGCGGCCCGGGAGGCUUCGCGACGUUACUUUGACGCGGCCACCCGCUAUGUCACUUCGCAGGACCCUCUAGUCGCUUCGGACGACGGCAUCGAGACUCUUAUGCUAGAGGGCCUUUACCAAAUCAACUCCGGGAACCUGCCGCUCGGCUGGAUGGCGUUUCGCCGCGCGAUUGGCAUUGCGCAACUCAUGAAGUUGCCCCUUCGGUCCAGGAAAGAAGGCGAAAGACAAGGAUCCAACAACACUCAAGCGCUGACGAAGUCGCAGUUCCUCUGGUUUCGCCUCAACUACGGCGACCGUUUCCUGUCACUGAUGCUGGGAGUCCCGUCCGCCACUGCCGACGACAGCUUCGUCUCUUCCCAUGUCAUGGCGGCAGACGUGCCGCUGGGGAGGCUGGAGAGGCUGCAUACGGUCAUCAUGGGCCGCCUCAUCGCACGGAAUCAACGCCUCGCCGCCGCGGACCAUCCGAUCCAGGCUCUCCGAAGCGAACUCGAGGAGACCCGGAGCAUAGACCGAGAGAUGCGGAAGAUCGCGCCUCUCUUUCCUGUGGAAUGGUGCCUCCCGCCUCAUCAAGGCGACCUAGUCACUGAUGCCAUAAAGUCCAGAGAGGAGACGCCCAGGCUUCUAGCCCAAGUGAACCAUGCCCACUUGCUCCUCAUCAUCCAUCUGCCGUAUAUCAUCCAGACCCUGUGUUCAGAGCCGCAAUUCAGCGACGCGCACAGCAUAUACACCGCCGCGACGGCGAGCCGAGACGUUCUGUCCCGGUUCAUUCUAUACCGCAAAUCCAAUCAAGUGCCCUCAUGCUGUCGCGCCGUCGACUUCAAAGGCCUGACGGCCUCGGCGACCCUGCUCCUUGCACACUUGGACGGACAUCGCCUUGACCACGCCAACGGGCUCGCGCACCAGCGCCUGCAGGACCUGGGGCUGGUGCAGAUGGCUGUUGAGAGCAUCGAGGGCCUCGUCAGGUCCUCGCCCAAUUCCCAGGGCGAAACAGGGCUGCGGGUGCUGAAAGGGCUGCAAGAGGCCGAAGCACGAGCGGCAGACAGCGUCGCGCACUCGCUUUGCAUCGACGGAUGGGCAUCGGGAGGGGAAUGCCACGUGUUUGAAGAGGGUUCCGGUCUCGAGUUUGCGGCACCUUACCUUGGGAGAGUCCGGAUUGCGCCCCUGGAGGUGCCAGCCGAGGGCUCGGCGGCUUUAGACUGGCUUUUGGUCGAGCAAUUCGGCGCCAUGCCCAGCACCAGCGCCAGCAGAGGCUCCGAACAGUGGCCUCCAAUGCACAGCAAAGCCCCUUCAGACGCCGUACCGUCCCUGGCGGGGUUCUCAGUCAUGGCCACACUGUGGGAUGAAGUAGGCGGGAGUGUCCCUAACACGACCCUGGUGAGCCCUCCAAGUCUCGCUGCCCAAGGGCUAUAUCAAGAGGUCGUGCCAGGGCGGACACACAGGGUCGAGUACAUGGACACCUCAGGGCUCGGGAGCAUAUGAGUUUACACAAGGUAGCUAGCCACCGCGUGACUAUAACCCGAAUUCCCAUAUUUCUGUCGGACCUCGACAUCGCUUUCCACCCCUUUGAUUUUGAAAUAAACGCCAAGCCCUUGUCUCCGGCAUUGGGUGUAGGGAUGCAAGGUUGAAGUGGCGAUUUAUACCAGAACACGAAUGUGAUUCGGAUCCCGUGUGUCUGUAAAAGAGGCAAACAAACAGGCAAAGGGAUUUGACCUAGGCAAGGCGUUGUUGCUGCUCAACAGGUGACGUGGAAGGGAAAGUCUGCACAAUUGUGAAAUAGAGAGAGUGG